AUGAAGUACAUCGUCGUCAGUGGAGGUGUCAUCUCCGGUAUUGGCAAGGGUGUCAUUGCCUCGUCCACCGGUCUUCUGCUCAAGACCCUUGGUCUCCGUGUCACCGCCAUCAAGGUCGACCCUUACAUGAACAUCGAUGCGGGAACCAUGUCGCCCACCGAGCACGGUGAGGUCUACGUCCUCGACGACGGCGGAGAGGCCGACUUGGAUCUCGGCAACUACGAGCGAUACCUCGACGUCACCCUCAGCCGCGACAACAACAUCACCACCGGCAAGAUCUACCGCGAGGUCAUCGAGAAGGAGCGAAAGGGCGACUACCUCGGCAAGACGGUCCAGAUCGUUCCUCAUCUCACCAACGCCAUUCAGGACUGGAUCGAGCGUGUCGCGCAGCGACCUGUCGAUGGCAGCGGCGAAUCGCCCGAGGUCUGCAUCAUCGAGCUCGGUGGUACCGUCGGUGACAUCGAGUCGGCCCCCUUCGUCGAGGCCAUGCGUCAGUUCCAGUUCCGUGUCGGCCACGACAACUUUGCUCUCAUUCACGUCAGUCUCGUCCCUGUCAUUGGUGGCGAGCAGAAGACCAAGCCCACCCAGGCUGCCAUUCGCGAUCUCCGCGGCCUCGGUCUUGUCCCUGACAUGAUCGCCGCCCGCUGCCCUGUUCCCCUCGAACGAGCCGUCAUCAACAAGCUGUCCAUGUUCUGUCACGUCGGUCCCGAGCAGGUCAUGGCCGUCCACGACGUCUCCUCCACAUACCACGUGCCAUUGCUGCUCGAGGAGCAAGGCAUGGUCCGCUUCUUCCAGAAGCGUCUCGGCCUCGAGGUCAAGGUCCAGGGACCCAUGAAGGAGCAGGGGCGCGAGCUUCGAACCCGAUGGCGAGAGCUCACUGUCGGCCACGAUCGCAUGAUCGACAAGGUCGAGAUUGUUCUUGUCGGCAAGUACACAUCGCUGCACGACUCGUACAUGUCGAUCGUCAAGUCGCUCGAACACGCAGCUUUGCGCUGCCACCGCAAGCUCGAGCUCAAGUGGGUCGAGUCGAGCGAUCUGGAGCCGGCUGCGGAGAGCGAGAACCCGGUCAAGUACCACCAAGCAUGGCAGGCGCUCUGUUCGGCGAAGGGUAUCCUUGUGCCUGGUGGAUUCGGAACGCGUGGAACGGAGGGCAUGAUCAGCGCAGCACGCUGGGCGCGAGAGAAGAGGGUGCCUUACCUGGGUAUCUGCCUCGGUUUUCAGAUUGCCGUCAUCGAGUAUGUGCGAAACGUGCUCGGCAUCGAGACUGCCGGUUCUGCCGAGCUUGACGCACACUGCAAGGAUCCCGUCAUCAUCUACAUGCCCGAGAUCAGCAAGACACAUCUCGGCGGCACGAUGCGUCUCGGCUUGCGACCGUCGAUCUUCCAAAAGGGCACCGAGGAGUGGAGCAAGAUCCGACAGCUGUACGGUGGACAGCCCGUCGUAUGGGAGCGUCACCGUCACCGCUACGAGGUGAACCCGGACUACGUCGAGCGCAUCGAAUCCGCCGCUUCCAACCCAUCCGCCAAAGCUGCACCGCAAAAGAUCCCCAACGACAUCCCUGCAGCAUCACCGCCGUUCACAUCGCCGCGGCUCUCCUCUGCCGGCUUUACGCCCGCCGAGAUGUUCGUCGGGGUGGACGAGCUCAAGUUUGUCGGACGCGACGAGAAGGGGGAGCGAAUGCAGAUCGCCGAGUUGCGCCACCACCCGUACUUUGUGGGUAUGCAGGCGCACCCCGAGUUUUGCUCUCGACCGCUCAAUCCGUCGCCACCGUUCCUCGGCUUCAUCGCGGCGUCCGCAGGGUUGCUGGAGGAGCAGCUGGCGAUGCAGAAGAACUACCAGCCACCGCACCCCAAGAGCCACAUGAUCUCGGAGUCGGAGAUGAUCAAGAGGAGGGAGGCGGGCGAGGUGGACGAUAAGCCGGCCACGACCCCACCGGGCGCAGCGACCCCGACCCGCAGUUUGAGUGUCAACAAGGGGCCGAAGGCGGAUUUGGCGGUUGCGGCUAGGAUCGCUGCUGCCGAGAAGGCAAAUGGCGCCGCAGUGGAGCACUGA